GAUUUGAAUGUGUCACCAUGUUCUACUUUCUCUCUCCCUGCAUGAGACACAAGCUCCUGUUGUGCCACUGAUCGAUGCUGAUCUGGAGGAUAAACCCUCUUUAUGUGCCGGAUUAAUCAUUCAGUGUGUUGUGGGGGCUUGUGUCAGACUCAUGGAUUGCCUUGAUGGAUCCCCCGGGAAGUUCAGGAACUUUGAGAAGGACGACUUUGAGGCAGACUGGAUUAAAGUGGCAGAAAACAGAUUUGGUCAGGUGUAUAUGGUCAAACUCAAACUCUGGCGGCUUCACUGUGCCCUGAAAAGCUUUGACACAACGUUGUGUGCAAACAACUUUUACAGGAGAAUAACAGAGGAGGCGUCCAACAUUGCCAAAGCAAAAUUCAAGUACAUCAUGCCCAUCUACGGACUGUGCAACGAAGCAACAGCCUUAGUGAUGGAUUACAUGAGUAAUGGAUCGCUGAACAAUCUCCUGGCCAGUCACACCUUGAUGUGGCCAAAGAAGUUCCAGAUGAUUCAUGAGACCUCCAUGGGCAUGAAUUUCCUCCACAGCAUGAAACCUCCACUCCUCCACCUAAACCUCAAGACGUCCAACAUCCUCCUGGACGAUCAUCUGCAUGUCAAGAUUUCAGAUUUUGGUUUAAUCCACUGGGAAGAAGGCAUGAGCAAGAAGUUGUUUUUGGAGAAUCUGACAGCGAGAGGAAAUAUAAGUUACAUUCCUCCAGAGACCUUCACUCAGAGCCCUGAACCUCCAGGAACUGCAUUUGAUAUUUACAGCUUUGGAAUUGUGAUUUGGGAGAUUCUGACUCAGCAGAAACCAUAUACUGGGUGCAGUGUGACCACUGUGCUCCUACAGGUGUCAGAUGGUAAGAGACCCGCUGUGGAGCUGCUACCUGAACAGAGGCCCCCUGAGUGUGAUGAGAUGAUCCACAUCAUGAGGCGGUGCUGGGACCAUGACCACAAGAAGAGGCCGCAGUUCUCAGACACUGUGAGGAAAACAGAGGUUCUGAGUGAAGUCCUGAAGAUCCCAGGACCAAUCACGAUGUCAAACAGUGACGGCAGACUGAAAUUAGAUUAUCCAUUGCUGCUUUCACCAAAACAUGAAAUGUCUUUGCCUGAGCUGCCUGACCUUCCCUCAGACAACUUGCACUCCGAUGACAGAAUUAUCUCCCUGCUCUUCAAACAGGACUUUGGUAGUUUCAGACAGUCUGUGAGAAGAGAGCACGUACACAAACAGUUUUUAGAAGAUAUGAACCUCCUUCACUAUACGGUGGCCAGUGGGGACGCAGAGAGUGUGGAGCAUGUGCUGAGUCUGGGUGCUGAAGUCAACUGCACUACUGCAAGAGGUUACACCCCUCUUAUUGUUGCCGUUCUGAAAAGGCUUCAUGACAUCACCUCUUUGUUGCUGGACCAUGGCGCAGCCACAGACCUUGGAGAUGAAGACCAGUGGACUGCACUCCAUUUUGCUGCUCAGAGUGGCGAUGACAGAACGGUUCGCCUCCUCUUGGACAAAGGAGCUGCAGCAGAAGCCCGGGAAAAAGCUGGUUGGAUGCCCCUCCACCUGGCCUGCCAGAACGGCCACGAAACAGUGGUGCGCCUGCUGCUUUCACGGCUGUCAGAGGAAGCAGUUAGUGAACGGGAGGCACAAGGGAGGACGCCUCUCCACCUCGCCUCCGCCUACAGGCAUCUGAGUAUCGCCAAACUCCUCCUCUCUCAUGGAGCAGAUCCCAACGCUACAGACGGCUCUCUGUCCACUGCUCUUCACUUAGCUGCAGAUGAAGGCCAGUUCAGAAUAGUCAGACAGUUACUGAUGAGUGGUGUGAAUAUUGACACUGCAGACAGCAGAGGAUUCACUCCGCUCCACUUGGCUGCUCUGAAGGGUCACACUGGCAUAUGUAGGCUGCUGUUGUCAAACGGGGCCAGCCCAGACUCCAGGACCCUGCAAAGCUGGACUCCCAUGCACCUGGCGGCCCUGAGGGGACAUGAGGCCACUGUGGUUCAGCUGGAGAGUCAGGGGGCUUGUGUGAAUGCUAGAGGUGAAAAUGGAUGGACCCCUCUCCACCUGGCCUGCCACCAGAGUGAGUCCAAGGUAGUGGCAAGUCUUCUGGCAGCCAGAGCUGAUCCCAAUGUGUCAGAGGACUGUGACGGAUGGUCGCCAUUACACGCGGCAUGUAACAGUGUCACUUUCCCAAGUGUCCUCCACUUAAUAUCACAUCAUGCAGAUGUGAAUGCAGUAAACUCAGGGAAUGCUUCACCGCUACACCUGGCUGCCCAGCACGGCUGCACACCUAUCGUAAAGGCUCUGCUGCUGAACGGAGCAGACAGGACUUUGCUGGACUCAUCUGGAUCCACAGCUCUGAACGUGGCCCAAAGGUGUGAGAAAUGGGACAUAGUGAAGCUACUGGAGACGUAGGGCUGAUAGAAGAACUGUGAAAUAGAAUAAUUAAUUAAUACAUGUGAACACAGCAGGAAAAUUAUCAUACUUUGUUAUUUGUAAAAAGCAGGA